AUGGGAGGUAAGACUUUGAUAAUUUUAGCUCUAGGAAUUAUUGCAGUACAAUCUAUGAAUAUGAUUGAUACAGCUGCUUUAGGAUCUUAUACUCAGUGGCGUUGUAUUGCCCAAUCUGGAGUCCCAGCUGCCAUUGUCAGAGGAUACACGAGUUCUGGGAAUGUAGACCCUAAUGUUUACCAAAAUAUUCAAAAUGCGUUUAGUGCUUCAAUAGAUGUCGGGGUUUAUAUGUUCCCAUGCUUUCCCUGUGGAAAUCCAGCCCAGCAAGCUCAAGAUCUAGUUACCGCUCUUCAAGGCCAAACUUAUAAUUCUGUAUGAAUUGAUGUGGAAACUUACCUGUGGUCUAGCAAUGUACAAACAAAUCAAGCUUUUAUUACAACAUUGGCAAAUACAUUGAAAAGUCUAGGACAAACAGUUGGAAUUUACACGAGCAGAACUGAAUGGUCUACCAUUGUAGGGCUUAAUUGGAGUGGAGUAUCAUGGGCUGGCCUUUGGUAUUAUAAUUAUGAUAAUCAGCAAAACUUUAAUGAUUUUCAACCAUUUGGAGGAUGGACUUCGGCUAGUAUAAAACAGUAUCAUGGACUAACAAAGUCUAAUUGUGGGAUUUAUGCCAACUCUGAUUAUUGGCCUUAA